AUGACAUUCAGUAUAAUUAUAGAUAAACAGUGCAUGUUUAUGAGGCAACUCCCAGUCAAACAACCCUGGAACCAUUACAUCAUGGACCUGCUUGGAUUCAGCACACAGUGUAAAGUUCGACAGUGUUCACAAUGUUAUAGGGACACAGAAUUCUACUGUAACACGUGUAAACAAGACCUGUGUCUAUUGUGUAGAAAUUAUGAUCUUGAUCUAAAUAUUUACCAUGAUGUUGUAAAAUACCGGGAAAGAGAUAAAUACAUUCAGAAACAGGAGGCUUGUGUGAGACAUCCAGACAUGGUGUACACAAUGUACUGUUUUUCAUGUGGACUUCCUAUCUGCCUCCAGUGUACUGAACAUAGAAAGCACAAAUUACUUUAUAUAAAAACAGCAUUUGAUCUUAAUCGUCAGCAACAUAGAGAAACAUUUCAUCGUAUCAGAAGUGAAACGCUUUAUAACAGUAAUGUUAUCCUAGAAGGAAUCAAAACCGACAUAAAAAUUUAUCAAAGAGAAAUAUCUAUCUGCCAAUCAGAGAUGAUUACAAAAGCUGAGAGACUUAAGAACCUUAGCAUCAUUGUUAUAAAUGAUAAUGUAUGUAGUCAAAAGAGGAGUUUUAUUCAUAGACUGAAGCACCAGAAAAGAAAAAUGAAAAGAAACCUUGCCAGCAUAGAGACGUAUGAGCAAAGAUCUGAACAAAAAGCACGUACUCCAGUUAAAUUCCUCUUAUUCCUCAAGAAUACACGCGUUUCACAAAUAAAGGACACUGCUAAAAUUAUGCAAAACAUCCAGCUGGCCCCCCCGAAUGAGGACAUCAAUAUGAAGAAUGACAUAAAGCUGUUGAGUGACAUUCAGAUCAUAGAAACUGGAAAAAGAAAAGUAAGAAAUUUUUUUCAGCUGAAAUUGAUGCCUUCACAAUUUCUAACCACAUUUGGCCCAAUACCAGGUGUUCAAGGUGUAGGACACAUUUCCUGUAGUAAAGAAAAGGUCUGUUUCAGUGACUUUUGCAAUAAUCUUAUCUUGACGAACACUACAACAGGAGAAGUAUUAAAUUUACUUACAGAUGUAAACAAUUCCUGUGGAUGGGGAAUCCACACAAUGAACAUAAAUGGUGCUCUUAUUUACAUAGACACUGAAUCAAACAUUAACAUACUAUCCUCGGAUAACAAAAGAAAAUCUUUACUAGUAAGGCAAUCAAAACCAUGGCUUUCACAAUGUGUCUAUUGCUCUCCCUCUAACGGAGAUCUACUGGUGGGGAUGCAUAUCGCUGAUGUACAUGAAGGACGGGUGAAUCGCUACAGCUACACAGGACUACACAUACAGACAAUACCAGACAUAAAAAGUGAAAGACUUUAUCAAACACCUGAAUGCAUCACAGAGAACCGGAAUGGUGAUGUUAUUGUGUCUGAUUCUGGUCGGCAAGCUUUGGUGGUGACAGAGCGGGGAGGAAAUCAUCGUUUCACGUACACAGGACCUGGUAAUGCAUUAUGGCCUCGCGGAAUCUGUACGGACGAGCUGUCAAACAUCUUGGUGUGCGAUCAUAAAAAUGACAACAUACAGAUGAUUGACAUGGAUGGCCACUUCCUUCAAAUGAUAGAGACAGAAAAACAUGGAAUAGUGCGACCAAGGAGCCUGAGUUAUGAUGACAUUAAUCAUCUUCUAUGGGUUGGGUCUUGGUCACCUACCCUGACAAAUCACAACACUGAAAUAAGUCACGUGCUUAACAACGUCACGACUUUGGAAUGUGGCCGACAGAAUGAAAGUGAAUGCGAAAUCGUCACGCUGACGCGUGACUCUCUUAUAGAGAAAGAGCACAUGCUAUUUCAUCCCACAGAACCAUUGGAGAAGAUACAAGGAUUAAUGAUGGAGGAAGUCCAAAGUGAAGUCUAG